AUGGACAUCAAUCACAUUACGAACCCAAAAGUCACGAAGCAGGUAUGUAGAGGUCACUGUGGGGCGGCUGAGGAUGAAACGGUUGAAAUUACAUAUCCUGCAACCGAGGUGGUCGGGCAUGGCUCGUUUGGUGUUGUGUUUACCACUGUUAUUGAACAGACGGGCGAAAAAGUGGCUAUCAAGAAAGUUUUGCAGGACCGGCGCUUUAAAAACCGUGAGCUGGAAAUCAUGAAGUUGCUUCAGCAUGUAAAUGUUGUGGAUUUGCGGUACCACUUUUAUGAAUGCGAAUCGCACACCGACGAGGUGUAUUUGAAUUUAAUUCUAGAAUAUAUGCCUCAAUCGCUUUACCAAAGACUAAGACAGUUUGUUUCCGGUAGGACACCUAUGCCACGCGAUGAGAUUAAGGUUUAUAUGUUUCAGCUUUUUAAGUCUUUAAACUAUCUUCACCGCGUGACUGGCGUAUGCCACAGGGAUAUAAAACCGCAGAAUCUUUUAGUCGACCCCGAUACAUUUCAGUUGAAACUAUGUGAUUUUGGCUCAGCUAAGCAGUUGAAGCCCACGGAGCCUAACGUUUCAUAUAUUUGUUCAAGAUAUUAUCGAGCACCUGAAUUGAUUUUUGGAGCUGUAAAUUACACAACGCAAAUAGACGUAUGGUCUACAGGAUGCGUUAUGGCAGAGCUAUUAUUAGGCCAACCAAUGUUCCCUGGGGAAUCAGGAAUUGAUCAGUUGGUCGAAAUUAUCAAGAUACUGGGCACUCCGACACGUUCCGAAAUCUGUGCCAUGAACGAGAACUACUCCGACCAUAAGUUCCCGCAAAUUAAACCAAUUCCAUUAAACAAGGUAUUUAAACGCGAAGAUGCAACCACAGUUCAGCUGCUAACAGAAGUGCUGCAAUACGACCCCACAAAACGUUACAAUGCACUAGUUGCCCUUUGCAGUCCUUAUUUUGAUAGUAUUACAGGUUGUACUGACGUCCAACACGGCGAAUGGAAAGACGUGAUAAAUUCAUUACGCCUCAUGCAAUUUACUUUACAAGAGUUUAGUAAUUUAAGUAGCUUGGAGGAGUCUCUGGUGCAUUCCAAGCUCAUGCGGAACCAGAGGUGA